AUGUUUUUGGAUGAUUACUUGAUUCUGGUCGCCCUGGUAUUCCUCUAUGCAGUCUCGUUUUCAGGGGUAAUCUUACUGUACAACGGACUGGGAACGCAUGUCAUUUUCGUGCCUCCCCAUGAACUUGUGGUAUACAUGAAGACCUUGUCUACAGGGAGCUUUACCUACACGCUAUGCAUCGCCUUCGUCAAGUUAUCCAUUCUUGCUUUUUACAAGCGGUUGUUCCCCGUUGAGCCAAUGGUCCUUGCCGUCAACGUUGUCGGAUCUGUCGUCAUCUUGUGGGCCUACGGUGUCUGUCUUGUCGGUGCAUUAACAUGCAUUCCUUUCAGAAAGUUGUGGGAUCCAACCAUUCCUGGCGGCUGCAUCGACCUUCCCAAAUUCUACUACGGCUUACAGAUUCCGAAUAUCGUCACUGACGCCAUUAUUUUGGCGAUGCCAAUGAAAGUCGUGUGGAACCUGCAUGUGCCUAAGGCGCAGAAAGUGGCGUUGUCGGGCAUUUUUCUGCUCGGUUUCUUGUGCGGAGCCCUGCCCCUGGCUGUUUGGGACCUUUCACUGAUCUUUGCUAGAACUUUGAUUUUUGACAUUAUUCGUCUGGUCGCAAUGGUUGAGCUCUCGGAGGCGGGAAACGACAUUACCUAUGCGCAAACGCAACCCAGUGUUUGGACAUGCAUAGAGCCGGCCGUCGGUAUUACGGCGGCUUGUUUAUCCAACAUGCGCCCGCUUUUCAAAUUCCUGCCAAAGAUACCUAGCAUUUCUUGGCCGCGUAGCCUGUCCCUAUCCAGUGACGGCUUCCGGAGGAAAAGUCUUUCAGGGAAGCAGAUUCGGACGACAACGGUCGUCGAAGUCCACUGUCGAAACGGCAGCAAUAGCUCAAAGUCUGGUUAG